ACCUGUCACCUAAAAGCAAACAACAAGAAAAAAAAAAUGGAAGGCCUACUAAUCUCAUCGUCGUCGCUCAGGUUCCACCCGUUGACAUCGUCGUCAAAAAGGAUCACCACAGGAAUCAAGAAGAGAACUCAAACCACCGUGUGUGGCGGCUACUAUUACAGAGGAGGAAGAGUGGUGGACGAGAACAUGGUGAUCCUUAGGAAACGGAUCCACGAGAGGAAGAUGGUCGAGCGAAACUAUGAACCUCCUUCCCACUGGAUGCAGUGGGAGAAACGUUUCUACUUCGACUACGACGCAAAUAUCUGUGCCGCUCUCUCUCUUCUCCAAAGUUUUCUAAUGAACUCUCGUCCCAGCGUUGCGUUUGGAACGAUGCUUCUCCUCUUCGUCAGCGUCCCCGUCUCCACCGCUUUCUUUGCGUUUCGCAUUCUUGAUAUCGUUCUUUGGCUUCUGGAUGCCACUCCCAUAGGAUGAUAAUAUAUUUUGCCUUUUGAUGUGUUACAUUCUCUUGUAAUCAAUAGUUUCUUUUCAAGAGAGUGUUCUGUUUUUAAAUACUAAUAGCCAAUUCAGUUUUAUCAUUUA